CCUGUCGGAUGGGUCUAACCAAACCGAUACAUUAGUGAGUUUUGUUCAGGACACUCUCAGACGUCACCUAAACCUUUUUAGUAAAUAGCAAAGUAGACCUGCUCGUGCGAUCAGGGAUUUAGAGAGAGAUCUUUACUUGAGAGAGAGUGGUUUGGUAUAUAAAGGACGAUCGAACCAGGUGUCCAUUCAUAAGUCUACGCUACAUGUGAGAAAGUAACGACAAAUGGAUACGUCCACACCACGUGCCAAGGCAUACUAUGUAUAUACGGAUAAGGAAAAUCAAGAAACCAAGAAACCAAAGACAUUAAAGAAGGUGUUGGGUCGGUUUGCUGAGAGUACGUCCAUAUCUGGUCUACCACAUCUACACAAUGCCAAAACGAAAGUCGGUAGGGUGUUCUGGGGAGCCUUGGUUAUCGUGGGCUUUCUAGCAAUGUUCGUUCAUUUAUACUUCUUAUUCGCCGAGUUCCUCUCCUGGCCUAAAAAGACGACAAUAUCAUUGGGAUUUAACAACUUACAGCUGCCGGCCAUCACUCUCUGUAACGUUAAUGCUGUGCGGAAAUCUCGCCUGGAGUAUGCCUCCGAUAGACUCGUAUCAUUUACAAAUAAAAUCAACCCUGCCAAUCUGCUGGGUACCAUUAGCCCCGACGACCUGGAUUUAGAAACAUACGACUAUGACUAUGGGGUAGAGUGGUCGGGAGACGAUGAGUACAACUACAAUUAUGAUGAGUACAACGACGAAAACGCCAUGGAAAACGGAUUCUAUCAGAGAGAUAAAAUAUCAGAAAUAUCCACCAACUUUCGAGGUCUAUACUUAAACGAAUCCAGAAGUAACCGUAUUCUUAUGGGUCACGACUUCAACAAGACGCUCAACAACUGUGCCUUCAACGGUUACAAGUGUUAUUCAGAAAACUUCACGCUGUACCAAACUCCAAAAUACGGAAACUGUUACACGUUGGAUUUGAACAGUUUCGUUGUGAAAAGACCUGGGCCGAGUGCAGGUUUGUUUUUGACAUUAUACUUGGAGACGUUUGAGUACUUGCCUGGAGUUACUGAUGGGUAUGGAAUACGUGUUACUCUGCACGCCCCGAACACCGUACCAUUUCCAGAGGAAAGCGGAUCAUUCCUUCCCGGUGGUCAGGAAAGUAGUAUUGCUCUCAAACAGACAAAGAUUUCUAGAAUUGGUUACCCCUACGGAACGUGUGCAACAGAUGACGAAUUCAAAACUUUAUACAACCGGACUUACAACAGACAGUCCUGCCUGUACCUGUGUAAAACAACGCUCACGCUCAAGACCUGCGGCUGUUUCGACCCUUUAAACGCUGAGGUAUUGGUCAGUGCCGCCACGUCUAAAAAGGAAUGUGUCUCUCAAUCAGAGUUGAAAUGUAUGAUAAAGAUUGCGAUACAGCUAAAUAAAAAGACCAUCUCCUGUGACUGUCCGGACCCCUGCUCAGAAAACACUUAUUCACAGCAUCUGACCUCUCGUCAGUGGCCGACGGACGACUAUGCCAUCUAUCUCCGGAAAUCCGUGUGUGACCGUUUUCCUAACGAUAAUGACUGUAAUGAACAAGAGACCAUGUCAGACGAAAACCUGAGAAGAAACUUUUUGAAGUUGUCUGUGUAUUAUGCGGAUCUAAACUUCCAAUCAAUAAGUGAAGAACCUGAUAUUGCGAAUGCACAGUUUGCCUCGGACUUCGGCGGUGCUAUAGGUCUGUGGAUAGGCCUUUCAGUCCUCAGUAUGUUUGAGCUUGUGUAUCUGUGUGGUAUGAUUGGGGGUUACUUCAUGAACAAAUCCUCUAAAAAACAACCAAAAGAUAAGAGAAGACGGUACAGAAGCCGACCUUACCAGGACUGGGAGAAAUCCUUCUCACUCAGUUACAGCACAUCUGCAAACUCGGGUCAUUCUAACAACGAUCGGGACUGGGCGAUGGACUCUGUUAACGACUCGCCCUUUUGCGCGCCAUAUCCUUACAGUGACGUAACAAAAAAUGAUUCCAGUAGAAGCCGAAUAUAUCGUUAUGCUGCGGAUGAUAGUGUUAUACAUAGAAAACAACAUCCUUUGUCCAACGAAUAUCAGACAAAUGGUGCUUACCAAUACCGCCGGUGGUGAUUGUAUUAUAUAGACAGUGCUUACAAACAUUGUCAGAUUGAUUAAAUAAGAACGGUGACAUAUGUCGUGCAUAAUUUGUUAAUUUGCGGAUAAUAUGUGUGUCAUAACCCUGACAACAUGACUGAAGUGUCCCUCGGUGGUCUGGUUUCCUGGGUGAUAUGGUGCACGUUAUACAGGGACGCGUUUCCGGUUCUGAUGUGAUAACGUCUUCCCUAUUGACUAAUGAACAACACUUCAUACAGUGUUCUACUAACGUACAAUGUAGUGCUAUCCUGUUCGUUACAUUAUCAUGUAGUGUUUCUAACUCGUUGUGUGUUGUCUUCUAUCUGUCAACUGCCGAUGUUCAGAAGAGUUUAGCCACAAUGUACUACACAGUAGUUUCCUGAUAAGUGACUAUCGUAUUUUUGUGUUGUUUUCAUUGCAUGCAUACAGUUUUUGAUACUUGUUAAUAUGUCAAGAUUGCCGGGUAGCUUUUGAAUAAAUUGUAAUUAGCUCUGUGA